AAACGGAAGUCAUCGGCGAAGAUGCUCGUAUCACUUUUUCCGAAGAUCCCGAAGACGGCGAUCGUGCUGCUGGAGUUCUUCAUUAAGCGCGAGAGCAAAGUGUCCCUUCUUCGCGACCCCCUGUCCCACUUCUGCCAAGAAGAGGUGGUCCUCCACGCCCAGGAGUGUCUGCUCAAACUCAACAAGCAGGUGAUCAACUUCCAGGACGUGCGCGACAUGGUCGAGAACCUCGUCGCCCUCCACAACAUGUGUAUCAAGAAGAACCCUGAUGUGGCCAAGACUCUGGGCCUGACUGUACGCAAGCUGACCAUCAUCGUUGGGGAGGUCGCCGGCAACCUGGAAAAGCUCGCCGAGGUGCCAGUCACUGAUUGGAUGGCUAUCGGAGACGCCAUAGUCUCCAAGCUUGAGCAGAUGAACCUGCCAAAGCAGCCUCCAUACACGACUUUUAUACCAAAGAUGCGAGACUUCAAGAGCCUCAAGAUGCUUGGGGCUGGAGGAUUUGGGGCCGUGUAUUUGGCCAACUACAAACCGGCCAAUUUCGUCGCGACAAUCAAACUGGUGGCAAUGGAUCGCUUCAGCAAGCACAAGCAAGCUGCCAUGGACAAGGUGGUGGCGUCUGUCGUCAGAAACCCAUUCCUAGUCAAGUAUUACAGCUGCUUUUGCGUCAAAGAGGCGUACGUUACCAUCAUGGAGUAUAUUGCGGGACUGGACCUGAUGCGCGUCGUCACCAUGGAGGGCUAUCUAGAAAUAGACGCAGUGCAGGUCAUCAUGGCUCAGCUUAUUUUGGCCGUGGAACACAUGCAUCUGCGCGGCUUCCUUCACAGAGAUAUCAAAGUGUCAAACAUGCUGAUCCUGCCAGGCGGACGGGUCAAGCUAAUUGACUUUGACACAACUAAAGUCUGCAACGGGCACUUUUCCAAACGCCUUCUACGUGGUUACUUCCGACGAACGCCCUUUGAAUUUCACGAUGGCGAAUCAGCCGGCACCAUUCCUUACAUGGCCCCCGAAGUCCUGAAGAGGAGGCCGUACGGAAGAUCGGCUGACUGGUGGUCUGCGGGUGUUGUGAUGUACAAGUUGAUGACUGGCCGAGUACCAUUCCGUGGCAAAACGAAGCAACUUCUUCGCGAGCGCAUCAUCUCUUCGCCAAUUAAGUGGCCCCGUGCCGACGAGCACAAGCACUCGGCGACCCCUCCGGCCAAGCAUAUGGCCUAUCGAAUGCUUAAGAAGAACCCCGUCGACCGUCUGGGCUCCAAGACCUACCGUGACCUGAAGACGCACGCCUUCUUUGACAACUUCAAUUGGAAGAAACUGUACAACUCGACGGACCUCUGCGACAUACCCGGCAUCGCUGAGAUUCUGAGCAACGACGCCGAGAGGGGCGACAAGGGUGGCCCUGAGGCUGAUGACAAACGCCGUCACCAGAAGGUGGAGGAAAUGACCGACAUCAGCAGUGAGAACCAGAAGCCCCUGCUGUGCUACUCGUCGCCCAGCUUCAAGAAGCUCAUUAGCGAGGCGAAGCGCAGUAAGAGCACACUCAACGUGAACGACUCUUUCAUGGAGACGAGCGGCAUGACGUCAUCAGAUUUUGACUACCCGAUCCACACAACUGGCAAGCGUACUCCAGGAGUCAGUAGUUUGGGAGAAAAGGACAGCCAAACUCAGCCAACGGAAAAGGUUAAUCUCAUCCUCUUCCGGAAGAAAAAGUUUUUCAAAUACUGGAACUUUGGAUUCAAUAUACGCAGAGUGAAGGGCGAAGGAGACACCUAUUUUCUCUAUGUUGAGUCGGUGACGAAAGGAAGCCCAGCUGACAAGUCUCAGGUCCUCCCGCUGGACAUAAUUUUGUCCGUGGGUGGAGAGUGCGUGAGUGGCUCCGCCGUGGCCGAGGUCAAGAGAAUCAUCGCCAACGCGGGCGACCAGAUGGUCCUGACCGUGCUAGCGUCGAGUUCGUACCGGCUGCUCACCACCCGCCGGGACAUGUUGAGUCUAAUGCGGGGCAUCCAGAGGGAAAGCGUCGUGGUUGCCAGAGCGCCUGUGCUAUGCACGGGGAACAGACCCUACGGCCUGGAAAUCUUGGAAGCCAACGUUUGGGACGACAAGAACAAGGAGUUUACCAGGGCUUACGUCCUCACGCACGCCGACGUUACUCCGUUGAAUAACAAGAUGGUGUACCCUGGAGACGUGAUGACGCACUUGGACGGCACGGCACUGGAGACGUUACCCCGCAACCAAGUGCUUCGCCUGCUGAACCUGGGCAAGCCGGAUAUCACCUUGUCCGUGGUGCCACUCUCGCCCAUGCGCACCAGAAGGAUCAUGAUCAGCAAGCUGCACGAGACAGCCAUGACAGACACCAAUAUCCCCAGCAGGUCGACAGCAGCAGAGAUUGACUCGCAAUUUUAG